AGGAGGAGGAGGAGGAGGAGGAGGAGGAGGAGGAGAAGGAGUGGGAGGAGGAGAUCAUUUGACAUGAAUUGAAAGUGCCACCGCGCGAUGAGUUCUGAAAAAACGCCGUCAGCCCUCGCUGACGUACACAGCGCUCGACAAGGAGCUUAGCCUGGCUGAGCGCGGGGCCGAACACCUGCUCCUGCGCACGAUAAGGGUGCUACGGAUGGGAGCGCGCACUCUCUUUCGACAGCCUGCGCUGGCGUUGGAGCUGUCGCCGCAAGCGAGCAACUGCUCCGACAAAACAGCAACACAUACCAGCUUGGGGAAUUAGCAGGGUGGCUCCAAUUCACGAUACUUCGCACAUGAUCGCAAAGCUGCUGGCAGUCCACCUCGAUACUGUACAGAUCUGCGGAGGGGGCAGCACUUGCGCGACAGGAGGGCAACGCACAAAUGAGUGGGAGGAGGAAACAUAUAACGACGGUGGAGGAAGCAGGGGGAGGCGGGGGAAGAAGAGGAAAGGGGACGUGUGCCGACGGCUCGACGGCUUUUGGGACGGCCAGGCCUCAAGGCGCUCAUGGGGAGCGAGUCAGCCCGGGGUCCCCGUGCAGGCACUGCUGCCAGAGGCGCAUGGACCGCGCCCAGGCGACCUGCGCCUCCCGGGCGGCCGCGGGGCCGUGCGACAGCAGGUCCUCCACCGCCUGCAGGGACGUGGUGAAGCCCUCCCCGAAGCAGCCGUGGAGGUUGCAGCGCAGCUGCUCCGCGAACGCCGGGGUCUUGAAGGGUCUUGAAGCACGAGUGCUUCCGGAGGAACCGGGUC